AUGCCGAGCGAUGAAUUCGAUGAAGCCGAUCAAUUCGACGAACUCGAUGCAGCCACCGAUCUGACGGAUCCCAGUCUGCUGGAUGAGGCGAUGCCAGCCGAUGGACAAGCUCCAGCCAACAAGAAAGCAGCCGGUCAAUCCUACGCCCUCGGCGGCGGCGGUUACAACUCUCUCAAGUCGUUCAACGGCCAGUAUUACUCUGGCAUGGCUGUCGGCGGAUCUCACACAUGGAACUACGACGGGGGAGUGUGGCAGGAGACCAAGGAGGAACCAGACUUGUGGAAGAUAGACUACAAGACAACCAAGAGAAGGGCAAGGAAGGCCCCUGCGAGAAGCGGUGCGCCUGUAGGGACCGAGUACCACUGGUUAAUCGUUGCACAUCAGCACGUCCGUAAAAUAGAUGCCAAUACUUACGAAACGCAUCUCGAGGGAUCAAAGUACAAAUUAGCUCAUAAAGGUGCAGCGUCCAACACAUGGUCAAUACCCACAGUCAAGGGACAGCGCGAUCGCGAGCUGGAGCUGUUGGAGGACGCCAAGCGGCGUGUUCAGGGACUGCCGCCCGUACUGGGCAGUGAAAAAGUCAAGGUGAAAACGGCUGAGAAGGGACAGCAGAAGCUUGAAGACCUUUUCUCCAAAAGUAAUACAGGUGAAAGCGGUAAUAAGCGGAAGAGGCAUCAGCCGUAG